AUGGUUUGUUGGUGGCUAUGGAGAUGUCGAAACCUCACUAUCUUCAAAGGGAAAUGGAUUACCAAUGAAGCUGUCAUCGCUAAUGCCAACGCCUUGAUCACAAAUCUUAGUGAGGUCCAGAAGCACCUCAGCACGGUGCCUUUACAAGGUGUCCGACGUGUUGAAGCUCCCAACAGAUGGCAACCACUUGAAGAAGGAUGGAUCAAAUUGAAUGUCGAUGGAGCCUUCUCGGCUAUCACAGAUUCCGUUGCCUGUAGAGGAGCUAUGAGGAACUCUGCUGGUAACUUUCUACGAGGCUUUAUUUAUAAACUUGAUGAAGGAGAUGCUCUGUCUGCCAAACUGUGGACAUGCUUGCAUGGCCUAAAAAUUGCGUGGGACGACGGACAUCGAAAUGUUAUUCUUGAAUCGGGUGCGACAAAUGUCAUUGAGCUUCUGAAUGUGGAACCUAAGGUCUGUCAUGCUGAUUAUAAUGUUCUCCAAGAAGUUAGGACCCUACUAAGCAGAAACUGGAAUGUGCGUUUAGGUUAUGUGAAUAGGGAAUGCAACAAAGCUGCCGAUUUUUUGGCUAAAAGAGGACUUGAAGCUAUGCAAGGCUUCCAUUUUGUUACUAAUGUUCCCAGUGAACUGGCUUCUAUUUUGAAUUUGGAUUGCACUACUGUCAAUUCAAAUAUGCAUGUAGAACCUUUAUGA